UAACUGUCACUCGACUGUCACACUCUGCAAAAACGUAAGUGUGGGCGAAGGGAAAGCUCCCUCGCUCCGGCGCGGGGGGGAUCGAAAUCGGAAGUUGGCAGAUAGAUUCAUCUCGCUGGUCUUCGGGAUCCAUGUGAGGAGUUUCUAGGUCCUGUUACAGCGAAAGCUCGAUUGUGGCAUUCGCGCUGGAAGUAGGAGGCGGUGGUUCUCCGCGGAGAUCGGCGAUUUGGUGAGUGCCGCGGAGGGGAAGAUUAGAUCAUUGGAAUUGUGUGGCGGUUGGAAGAAAAGAAUGUGGGAUCAGAAAUGGUGAGGAAUUUGUUUCGUACUUGCUGAACUGAUGAUGCCUGGGUGGUAGAGUUUACGCGGGGUAGGGCUUGAUCUGGUGGGCGUACUGACAUGUGGAAGAUAGUUUGAGUGUGGAUGUUUUGUUUUCUUCGUACAGUGGAGACGGAUCUCCGUUUUGUAGUGAGGAAUGAACCGCCGAUCUAUUUCGAUAGAAAAAGAAGAGGAGAUCUAGCGAGAUGAUGGGGAGCAGAGCUGGCGGAUAUUUGGCUGGUUGAGGGGCUUUCUUUGAAUAGUCUCAAUGAAUUAGAUGGUUGAUACUUCAAUAAUAUAGAAUUUUUCAUAUCCGAGCGAAUCAAGUUUGUGCGUCUAUUUUCUGGAGAUCGCCAUGGAAUCUCGGAUGGAUCAGUACGAGAUAAUGGAACAAAUUGGUCGAGGCGCUUUUGGGGCUGCCAUACUUGUUAAUCACAAGCAGGAGAAAAAGAAGUACGUUUUGAAGAAGAUUCGGCUUGCUAGGCAGACUGAGCGAUGCCGGAGAUCAGCUCACCAAGAGAUGGCUAUCAUUGGGCUGCUUCAACACCCAUUCAUUGUUGAAUUUAAAGAAGCUUGGGUGGAGAAGGGUUGUUAUGUUUGUAUUGUUACGGGAUACUGUGAAGGAGGAGAUAUGGCUGAAAUGAUGAGGAAAUCAAAUGGGGCAUAUUUCCCAGAGGAGAAACUACUAAAAUGGUUUGCUCAGUUAUUACUAGCUGUUGAGUAUUUGCAUUCCAAUUAUGUUUUACAUCGAGAUCUCAAGUGCUCUAAUAUUUUUCUCACAAGGGAUCAGGAUGUUCGUCUAGGGGAUUUUGGGCUUGCUAAGACUUUAAAGGCAGAUGAUUUGGCUUCUUCUGUUGUUGGUACUCCAAAUUACAUGUGCCCAGAGCUUCUUGCCGAUAUUCCCUAUGGAUUCAAAUCAGAUAUCUGGUCCUUGGGCUGCUGUAUGUAUGAGAUGGCUGCUCAUAGACCCGCGUUUAAAGCUUUUGAUAUGGCGGGACUGAUAAGCAAAAUAAAUCGUUCUUGUAUUGGUCCGGUGCCUCCUUGCUAUUCCCCGUCAUUGAAAACACUCAUUAAGAGCAUGUUGAGAAAAAACCCCGAGCAUCGGCCAACUGCAUCAGAAGUACUAAAAAACCCAUAUUUGCUGCCUUACAUCAACCAAAACCGCUCCUUUCUCCCUCCUAAUCCAAUUCUAUCACCCCCAAAACCCAUCUUCUCCACCUUCAGUGAUACUCGCAAGAGCAUCUGUGUCAGUCAAAGCAGUAGCUUUUGCAGCAGUGAUUUAGAAGGAAAUCCUCCUCUAGCUAAUGAAGAAGCUGAAAGUAGCAGUGACCAUCUUCCAUGUCAGGCAUCAGAAACUCACCUUCCGGUCCUCAAAGUGGCUUCAACCUCCCUCAGUUCCAACCGGCAACAGAGCAGCGAAUCAAAACUACCAAUAACAGUGAAGAAUAUCCUCAUCUCAUCCAAACAAGAGGGCAAACCUAUAGAAAACAGCACACCCCUGAGAGCUCGCCCUGCAAAACCAAGCAUAGAUCCAUUUCAUAAGGCGCCAAAACCUAGCCGUCGCAAUUUUUUGCAACAAAUUCCAGAAAAAGUUGCUACUGAAUCAGCCAACAGUGUUGAGGAUCGUACAAAACCUCUGGUUUCUCCAACCCAACGAGCACCUUUGACCGAGCAGUCUUCGAAGUUUAAAGCUGCUAAUGCCUUGAAAAGAGUUGAUGAAGAUGCCACUACCGUUAGUGGGAGCAAAGGACUUCCUCCAAAGCUGAACCGGAAAGCUGAUAAGAAUCCGUCCAAGCAAAAACGCUCGUCUGAACCUUUAACUAGUGAGAUAAAUUCUGGCAGUUCCAAAGCAAUACCUACUGAGAAAGAAGCUCAUCCAGACUUGUUCAGAAAAGAGACCAAUUGCCGAUUAUCCGCACAAAUUCCAGAGGCUAACCAUGAACAUAGCCGCAACACUCUUGUGCUUAAUCCCGACAUUAAUUUGAUGGAGAUGCAGAAGAGUACCGCCACUGCUAGUAAUGAUGAAGGGAGUUCAAGCUCAGCUAUGGAGCCUUCAGUUAUAGGCUCAGAACAAGAAUUUGUUUGUAAGGAUGAACUGAUUCCUCAGCCCAAAGAUGACGAUUUCUCAGUUAAAGAGCUCCUUUCUUUCGUUACUUCAGCUCCGAAUAUCUCUAAAGCUCCAAUUCAAAACCAGGCCUUGGAAGACAAAGGAAGAACUCAGAUAACUCCAGCUUUCUCUGAUGUCAUACAUGUAAUAAGACACAGCAGCUUCCGAGUAGCCCACGAACAGGCACUAAUCGAAAGCAAAGAAGAUUUCGAGACAAGAAAUACGCAAUCGCAGCAUGCCACUCUAGAAACUAUUACAGAAAAACCAUUGGACUCAUUUCCCAAGCCAAACCAUAGUGAUGCCAUGACUGUGCAGAAAGAUGAUACGCUGGAUGUGAAAUCUUUCAGGCGGAGAGCGGAGGCGCUGGAAGGCUUACUGGAGCUUUCAGCCGAAUUGCUUCGGCACAAUAGAUUGGAAGAGCUCGCUGCUGUGCUGAAGCCAUUCGGGAAGGUUGAGGUCUCGCCGCGAGAGACUGCCAUCUGGUUGGCGAAAAGCUUCAAGGGGAUGAUGAUGGAGGACGCUAGUCGCCCAUCGUGAGACAUCCUCGCUUCUCUUCUUUUCCAGGUACGUACCGCACAGUUCCAAUGUAUUUAUAUAUUCAACGCCUAAAUUUUAAUUUUUACAUAAUUAUGCAUAAAA